CCAGUCUGACAUACCAGCAGCAGCACAGUGACAUACGGAUGCCCGUGUGGCCACACUAAUUAUUGUCAGCGGCUGGGAGUGAUAUGGACUCGCAGAGAAAUGCAACGUCCUGCCCUUCUUCUACAUCUUGAAUAGUGGGAGUCAUGAACCGCUGCAAGGUGACGCGUCCUCUGAUUUCACCCGAAACUUCACCCUUAGACUCUCCGUGUUAUUAACCACCCUCUGAACCCUCGUCAAACUGCACCAGCUGCUCCUGGACCAGACCUCGGGACCAUCUUUGCGCAGUGGUUUCGGCGGAGGGAAGAGCAAACGGUGGCGGCGGCCACUCCGGGGAAUGUCGGCUGGCCGUCAGUCCUGACAUCGGCCUCUUGUGAUCUCAGACACCAGGACCAGGUCCGAUGUGUGGUCAGUGAAGUGUCCUGAAGAGCAGCAUGGCAGUGUGUCAGAUGAGCGUCUGGGUGAGAUGAGUGUCGCCAGUAAGCAAUGUGACCCUCACUGACAACAAACGCAGCAAUUCUCCAACCAGAACUCCACCUGUCACCAGCCAAUCAAAUGCACACAGACAACAAACUGGCCAAUCAUGGCAAACAGGUCAGCGGUGACAGCCGAUCUCAGAUACCCGGUGUGAACCAGCAGGCUCAGCAGCAGCAGCAGCAGCAGGGAGCAGCCAGCCACCUGGGUCCAAAGGGCGUCGGUGCCGGGAGCCAUGGAGUCAAACCCAACCAGAUCUCCCCUGGCAACCCUGGGCUGAAGGCCGUCAGCCAAUCGGUGAGCGGCGUCGGAGGGAUGCUGAAAACCAAAUCCAAGCGGGAGCGGAGUGUCUCCAUCGACUCUGGCGAUUCGAGAAAUGCCAUUCCUCCAGCUGUGGAGACAGAUGCCAAAGGAGAAGGCGUCAUGCGCAGUAAGCGACGCUGUGUUCUGGAGAAGAAGCAGCCAUAUAGUGGAGAUGAAUGGUGCUCUGGACCUGACACUGAGGAAGAUGAAGACAAGCCACACACUGCUGCCCCUCGAGAGUGUGGGCUGGCCGGUCCUAUCCAGGGGCUCUCUGAUCGCCUUUCUGCAGCGCCGAUGUCUGAGCCUGGGGCCGCUGUCAUGGGAUGUAGCGUGGGUCCAGUUUUAAAGGCAGAGCCGCCUCCGCCUUCACAGCAAGUGGUGUAUGUUUUCACAACCAGCCUUGCCAACAGUGCUGCAGAGGCAGUAAUAAAAGGACAGGCUGAUUCCAUCCUACUGUUUCACCAGCAAAAUGUUCCACGCACCAAGCUGGAGCAGAGUCACCAAUCAGGGAAGCUUUCUAACCUACCUGAGAAGGUUAACUCCAGCAGCUCUCCACCCACUGGCACCCCUAAAUCCCAGAGUGGAACUCCUCGGCCGGCUUCUGCAGGUGUUGGAGGACCAAUGCACCCUGCAGGGACCCCAUCAUCAGCAGGACACUCUGAUAAUGAAUCCCCUCAGACCAGACCUUGUGGAGCUUCCAGCAAUAACAGCUCUGUUGCCCAUAAAUCAGAGGGAGGGAGUGCAAACACAUCUGCAGGCCCGAUACCAGGACCCGUGGAUGGGCAAGGUACAGGGGGUACGAAUCUUCCAGUUGCUACUCUUUCCCCAUCUGGGAGUCCCUCCAUCCUGUCUGCACACCUACAGAGUGAAGCAGGCCAGAGGGCCAGCCAAGGGAGCUCAGAUUGUCUUUCCAAAGAGCAGCUUGAGCACAGGGAGCGCUCUCUGCAGACACUCAGAGACAUAGAGAGGCUGCUUCUGCGCAGUGGGGCAGGUGGAGGUCCUGGAGACCCAGUAAACUCCAACAACAAUGGUAGUAAUAACGCCUCCAAUCUAAAUAAUAACAAUAACACUGACAGGAGUGUUAUGCUUGAGGACAAUGACAAUGGUACCAAUAACUCUGGAAAGAUCAUGAGUGGGAAUAUGCUUCCAUCAGCUUUGGCUCCAAUGGGAGGGAUGAAGAAAUACGAAGAACCCCUCCAGUCCAUUAUUUCUCAAACACAGUCACUAGGCGGGCCUCCUCUGGACAGCCCUCCGAUGGAUUCACACCAUAACUUACCACAACAUCCCCAUCACCAAAUGUCUCCCGGGGUCGACAUGGGUCCCUUACUUGGGCUAGAUGGGCUGACACCAGAGCAGAUGGCCUGGAGGAAACUUCAAGAAGAAUACUAUCUAGAGAAGAGACGACAGCAGGAAAUACAGCCCCCCACACAUCCUCAGCACUUAAGAAUGAUGAGUGAAAUGGGCAUGCAUGGGGGUCAUGUGAUGAUGAGAGGACCCCCUCCUCCCUACCACAGCAAGCCUGGAGACCAGCAGUGGGGUCCUGGAAAUAUGAUGGGAGGAGGAAUGGGUGGAAAUGUUCGAAUGAUGGAUAUGCACCAAGAAGGACCUCGUGGCCCAAGGUUCAUUGGACAGAUGCAGAGAGGACCGCCUGGUGGUGGAGCAUUUCCUGGUAAUACAGGUGGAGUUUUAUCAAUGGAGGGUCUAGGACCCCAACGGCCCAACAGACCAGGGAUGAUUUGGAUAGAUGAUAUGCCCAACAACAUGGGGGGUGGAGGUCCCUUUCAUGGCUGCUAUCCAGGUGGACCUCCUCAGCACUUGCAAGGUGACCUGGAUCACUUGUUAACACGUGAAGAAAUGUGUCGCAUCAUGGAGAAACGGCAGUUGCAGGGGCUUCCAAGGUUUGAACUUGAAAGACUAGUUAAACAGCAACAACAGGGCAACCUUGGAUCAAGAAUUAUUGAUAAUUCUGGUGGCCCAGACUUUACCAAUCUAGGAAUGGGCCGGGGUCCACCCUUAAACCGCGGUGAUCCCAUUGACUUCCCUGGCUCACGGGAGAUGAUGGGUUCUCCUGGAGCUGGUCCCCAGAUGAGAGACCUGGUGGAUUCUCCUUUGGGGGGGAACCUAACAAUGAACAUGAACCAACAGAUGAAUGUUCAUCAACAGCAGCAGAUUAUGCUAUCUCAGAAGCUCAGAGGGGGUCCUCCAGGAGGGGGGCCUCUGGCUGAAAUGUUUAGCCCUGGAGAGAUUUCACGAAUUAGGGCUGCACAGAAUGGAAGAGGAGUAAAUAAGGGAAUGAUCCCAGGACCUGAUGGCCCCUUCCAGUUCCCUAAUCAAGGUCCUUUCUCUGGAGGACAGGUGGAAGGGCCGUACCUUCAACAGCCUGGCCCCGACAUGUUUGGGCCUGACCAGCAAAGCCCAAAUCAAAUGGGAGGUACGUCACGGCUUAGUCAUAUGCCAAUGCAUGGAGGCCUCAGAGGAGCAGACCUAGGUCCUCGGCACCCCUCUGAUCUAUCAAUCAAUGUACACCCCCUCACCUCUCCUUCAGUGCCUCCUUCUCAUCAGCUCAAAUCUCCAUCCCUCAACCAAGAGCCAUCUCCUCUUUUACCUUCUCCCUCUGCUCCAGGACUGAAGUCGCCCUCACAGAUGUCUUCUGCUGGGCAUCACCCCCCUCUUCCCCCUCCCUCUAGAGCUGGGACUCCUUCUUCUUCCAUGAAAUCCCCCCAGAUAAUGGGGUCUUCCAACCUUGUGCUGCACUCUCCAUCUGCCUCUCCUGGACGACUCAAGUCCCCAGCAAUGGCCUUGGGCUCUCCGGGGUGGGCAUCUCCUAAAACCGCUCUUCCAAGUCCAGGUGGUCCAAUCAGUGGGAAGGUAGUGGGAAAUGGAGGAGGUGGUUCUGUAGAGACAGGCCAGUCCCUUCCCCCCAGGAGUUCCAAUUCUACCCCCAUCAGCCAGCCUGGUAUGCCAUUUACUUCCUCUCCCGAUGCUCCGCCAUCUCAGAAUCCUUUAUCUCUUAUCAUGUCCCAAAUGUCCAAGUAUGCCAUGCCUAGUUCCACUCCUCUCUACCAUGAUGCAAUCAAAACAAUUGCCACGUCCGAUGACGAGAUGCUGCCGGAGCGACCUCUUCUAUCUGGUGUCAGCAUUGGAGGAAACAUGGUAAACCCCCAGACCUCCCAGAUCCUUGUCUCCCAGGGCUCCGUUGGCCCCCACAGUGAUCCACAAAGCCCCAUGGGUAUUGUAAGCCAUGGUCAGCAACACAUGUCCCAUGAUGCCUCAGGACCUGUGCUUUCUUCCCCAAACCACAUGGGCAUGCCUACCAUGAACUCUGCCAUGAUGGGAGGCGGUACACCGGAUGGAAUGGGACCGUGCAAUGUUUCACCCAUAUCUCAGAACCAGAUGACAGGAUUUUCUCGCAUCCAGCAACCCCCUCAUGGGCCCAUGCACUCCCCUAUUGGGGGGAUGUCACAGAAUUUCUCUCAGUCUAAUGAGGAUAUUCUGCCAUCCCAGCAGUUACACCUGAUCAGCAAAGGUCACCCUCACCAACGCACCCCUCACCCCUCAGACUCAUUUUCCUCCUUGACCAUGGGGGACGGUCCGGAUCUAAGUGAAGUCAUACGACCCUCUCAUACAGGGAUCCCAGAGUUUGAUCUCUCCCGCAUCAUGCCCUCUGAUAAGCCCAGUAGCACUCUGCAGUAUUUCCCAAAGAGUGAACCACAUCAGAAUCCCCAUCAUGGACCCCCAUCCCAGCAGCCUACUCCCCAGCAGCUUCUCAAACAGCUGUCUUCCUCUGGCCCUCCUCACGGCAGUGGCCCCUCAUCCAACCCCCAUUUAGCAAACCUACAGAAUAUGAUGGCUGAACAGCACCUGGUCCCUCACCCUUCUCAUGGUGGAAUACGCCAAAGCAUGGGCAUUCCUCAGGGGGGUUCUCGAGGUAUGGUUCCCGGUGGGGGCAUGGGCUCCAUGUGCCCCCCUGGACAUAUGAUGGGAAGGACAGGCAUGGUGCCCCAACAGCUCCAGCAACAGCAGGCCAUGAUGGCAAACAGCCUUCUCCACCAUCCCCAGAAUCCUUACCCUGGUAUGAUGUCCUCCCAGCAGCACCCACACAAUCUGAUGGCACAGCAGAACAUUAUGAUGAUGCAGGCGAAACAGCGGAGCAUGUCAAUGCCAGGGGAUCCCUUUGGCCCCCAGGGCCCAUUAAUGUCCCCACAGGGUCCCAUGAUGGGCCCUUCCCACCCCCAGUCUGGUAUGACAGGCCCCCAGGCUCUCAGACAGCGUGGAAUGUCCCUGGACAGUCCCAUCGGCUACGGUCCUGGAGGGAUGGCAAACAUGCCGUUCUGAUCCAGUACACAUAAACUGUAAAAAAAACAAAAAAAAAAAAAAAAACAUGCCCACUCGGUAACCUUCCCAUUGUGUCCAAGUUUUUUUCAUUCAUGUUAUUCCUGCAGUUGUUUGAAAAGAGGAACUGUAAAAACAAUAAUUCAGUGAUACUCCUUAAAUUUUGGAUUACAACUGAUUUAAAAAAGUUGAAUAUUUAAAAGCACUGUAAAACAGUUCAAUGACAAAUCUGAAGCCAUUUUCUAAAAUACUGUACAAUAUGUAUAUUUCAAAGAUGUGUGUAUUUGUUGUUGAACAGAGCGGCAGUCAGGAGAGGAGUGCCUCAAAUUUCUAUUUGUUUUAAUAUCAUUGAUUUAUUUUCUCCAACUACCAAACUGUUGUGCAAAGGAGUUCUAUAUAUAAAUAUAAUAUAUACUUGCUGUAUAUAAGAUGCAAUUUGUGAUUGUUUGCAGUUGUUCUGUAUAACUGUGUUUUAACAGAAGUCUAAAAUAGAAUAAUUCUGAUCUCUAAGGUGGUUUCACUUUU